GGGCGAGCGCGGCACCCGGCCGGGCGGGAAGGAAGGGGCAGCGGCUGCAGCGGGGCCGGCACUCGGGGGAUCGCUGUAGGAAGCGCUGAGCCCCCGGUGUGAGUGGCCGCGUGUUGUUAGCGCUGUUUUCCACGGGCCGAGCGGCGCCUCCGUGCCGCCCAUACCCUGAGGCCGCCGGGCGCUGCCGGGAUGGAGCGAACGCACCGGCUGGAGCUGUUCCCUGACCGCAGCGUCACGCUGCUGCUCUUCCAGCGCGUGAAAAAUGCCGCUGCUCUGCGGAAGAAAGCCAUGGAAGGGUGCAUUGACGGGGCACUGAUAAACCCUGCGAUGAUUGUAGAUCCUUUUCAGAUUCUUGUGGCAGCUAACAAAGCAGUGCAUCUCCAGAAGAUAGGUAAAAUGAAGACCAGAACACUCUAUGCAGAAAUUAUUUUCAGCCUUUCACCAAGCAACAAUAUUUCAGAUGCGUUUAAAAAGUUUGGCAUUUCAGACAGUGACACAGCAGUGCUCAUUGUGCUGGUUGUGGAUGGAGACAAGACCGUAAAUCUGGCAGAUAUAGCAUCUCAGGUGGAAGGCCAGCAGGUUUCCCUAGAUGAACUCCCCCAGCUAACAGACACUGCCAAAGUUAAAAAGAUCUACAAAGUUACUCCACAGGAAGAAAAAAUCGGCACUUUAUUGGAUAGUGUUGUUUGCAGAAUGUCAACAAAAGAUGUUUUGUGAAAAUGUGGAAAUAAAUUCCAGAGGAAGUGAAGUGGUACUGAGUAAUUUGAUGACAUCUGAGCUUUAACCAAGCUUGGACACAAGGGUAACCUGAGCUGUGUUAUCAGCACAGAGAGCAUGCCAAGCAGAAUUUGCUAUUGGCAUUUCUUCCUUUUUCUUGACAAGGGAAAAUUGGCAGUACUUUAAGCUGGAAAUCUAUACUUUUGUCUUUUGUCAAAUGUUUUGGUAGUCCCAGAGAGGGUUCAAACAUUGUAAAUAAUUUUUAUUGAAUGUGCUCUGAUUUGUUUUGUUUUGGCAACCUGAUGGAAGAUAUACUUUUAACAAUACUAUUGCCAGAAAAGUCAUCUUUACAGCCCAGGUAUUUCUGAUGGGCUAGAAAGAAAAAAAUUUCCAUAAACAAUCAGCAGCAUCUCUCUCUUUGUGCUGCUGGGACACAGUUGCUGCCCGCCCUUUGAGGACAGGAGGAGGCAGAGGAGCACCGUGCUGGCCAGUGGCAGUGUGAAGCAGGGGCAUCAGAGAUGUGCUCAAGGAAGGACAAGGACUGUGUGGAUAAUGCUGUGGUGGUGUUAGCACCUGACAGUCUGAUGUCAUCCACUGCUGGCUUUAAAGGAUAAGGAGUGGUGCUUUUACUUCAUAACUGAUAUAUGCAUGGUGAUGUUGAACUCCUAGAGCCUGGUUCCAAGUGCAGAAUUCAUGGACAAAUUUGCACCAUAGUUUGUAUCCACUUAAAUUGUCAAUAGAGCUUACACAACAUUCUGAAAGGACAUAAAACUUGUCUUGGUUUUUUGAACCACUGCUAGGAAAGGCCAUCAAAGAGAACUAGGAGGACUACUGAUUUCCAGUAGUCACCAGAUGCAACAGCUGUGAAUGUGUUAUCAUUUAAUCACAUGUAUGCAUCCUAUUAAGUAAAACUACUGUCCUAAUUAGGUAGAAAUCCGUACUGUUUGUUAUUUUUACGCUGUAUUGUUUUUCUGUGAUGUGCAUAAAACUAUAGCUCUCUGCAUUUUUUUCCUGAUGUUUUCUGAGGUAUUAUGAUUUUUGUUCUUAAAAGAUCUUUGAAAGAGAAUGUCUCACAUUCUUACACAUACAUUUUGAAGGAGAGGUAAGUCUUAGAGUUGAAAUGUUGUCCCAGACAGUAAACAGACCAGUGAACUGACAGACAGACCUGGUUUUGUCUGUUUCUGUGUUUAAUACAGAAAUGUACAGCUUCAAUUUUUGCAUUUUGAUUUUAGUUAAGUCUUCCCUUAGUUAAAACACAGUAGUACAAAUACCAUCCUAUUCUUACCAACCAGACCAAUGGCAAAUUUAGUUACGAAGUACUAAGGGAAUUACAAGGUUUACCAAAGGAUUAGGGACAAAUGGCUGUGCUGACUUCUUGCAUUGAAGAUGGCUUUACAGAAUGCAUCAUCCUCUCUAAAGGGAAGUGUGAGAUGGUAGUAAAAAAUGGAGCUUAGAAGAAGUUGAGUCUUUAAAAACAAAAGUGUGUCACACCAGCUUGUGAGAAUGACCAUGGAAAAUAAGAGACUUGUUUUCCAUUUCUGACAGUCCAGUUGGUACAUGGAAUAUAUCAUAAGAUUUACUGGCUGAACUACAAUGUUUUUGUUAGUUUAAAAUAACAGCAGACAGGCUUACUUAAACCACUGCCUUUUUUGAACACAUGUAAACCAUCUGUCUGGUCUGUUUAAUACAGGAGAAAUAGUAAUAAAUGAUUGAUGCAUAAAAGUUUUGACACACAAGUUCCAAACUUGGGUUCCCAGUUUCUACUUCUCCAUCUAUUUAGUUGGUGUAGAGACAUUAAAUAGCUUGUUACUGUUGACAUAAGUUAAAUUGUGAUCUACUGUGAUACCCAAAUGAGGUACUCUCAUGGGUGCAUUUAGAGGAAAUUAUUUUGGAAGCUGAAGUCCCAAAGUGUCAUUCAGUCAGGCAGAUGAUUUGGGUCUGUUUGCAUUGAAGACUAUGCCCUGCAAGACAACAGGUUUUCCCUAGACAUGGUUGCAUUAUCCAAGGUAAAUGAGAUAUUUACAGAAACUGGUAAUAAAAGUAGAUUUUGUUCACCCUGCAAAGAUACAGUUGUCUUUCUGAAAACAUUAAAUAUUAUUUAAUUUAGCUCUCUAAUGUUACUGUUAAAUCAACCAAGGCUGUUUUCCAGGAAAGCAAAAAUUUAAGAAAAAAUAUAUGUUUUUCAAAACAUUUAAUGUUCCGCAGCAGUCUCUUCUGAACUUUCAUAACUUACCUCCUCUUUCACAAGGUGAAAGAGGAAACUGAAGUGUUUUCAAUACCUUAUUUCAGCCUCCAGUGCUUCAAAGGCAUGAUUGUACCUGCAGAAUUUAUGAAUUUAACAAGUAAAUGCUACAUCAUGA